AAUCCCCCACCCAAAGCUAUUAUUGGUUGACUGAUCUUCUCAACCUUGUUGCCUCUACUUCUGCCAAACUUGAAUUACAGUUGUAGCUUCUGAUCUCAGUAGCACCAGACACUUUUUUUAAUAUUGAUGUGGACUCGUGGGAAACCAAACACUAUUUUAAUCGAAAGUUGCUCGGUCAACCAACUGAGAAUUUUAUCUUGUCAGCUUGGAAGUUCCCAACACUAUCAUAUCCAGACAAAGCAGAGAGCUAGCUCUGAUGGCGUGUCAUGUUUGUCAUCAGAUUCGUCCCAAAGAAAGGCCCGUAGCAUCGUCGGAAUUUUCUGGGAUUUGGAUAACAAGCCACCAAAGACGUUACCUCCUUUUGAAGCGGCCUCGAAGAUAAGGAAGGCAGCAGAGCAGUUUGGGUUUGUUAAGUACAUGGUUGCUUAUGCUAAUCAACGUGCUCUCAGUUAUGUCCCACCUCUUGUUAGGCAGAAGAGGAAUGAUAGGAAAGUGUCGAUUGACUUAGAGUAUACUUGUAGGGUGUGUGGAAGGAGGUUUUACACAAACGAGAAGUUAGUUAACCAUUUUAAGCAAAUCCACGAACGUGAGAAUACAAAACGAGUGAAUCAGAUUGAGAGUGCAACAGGGAGUAGGAGGGUGAAGUUGGUGGCCAAGUAUGCAGCAAAGAUGCACAAGUAUAAGAAUGCGUGUAGAGACAUUUUGACCCCAAAAGUCGGGUACGGUUUGGUGGAUGAAUUGAGAAAGGCUGGAUUUUGGGUUAAGGCCGUUUCAAACAAGCCAGACGCUGCGGAUGUUGCUCUUAGGGAUCAUUUGGUUGAUAUGAUGGCCAAAAGGAUGGUUGAAUGUGUGUUUCUUAUAUCUGAUGAUUCUGAUUUUGUGGAGGUUUUAAAGGAAGCAAAAAGUAGGUGUUUGAAGACAGUGGUUGUUGGUGAUGUCAUGGACGGGGCCCUCAAGAGGACUGCGGACGCUUCAUUCUCAUGGGCAGAGGUAGUGAUGGAGAAGGCUAAGAAAGAAGCAGUUACGGUUGUGGGGCGAUGGAAGGACCGUGACGUGUUGAAAAAAUUAGAGUGGACUUAUGAUCCUGAGAGAGACAAAAAAUACUAUACGUUAUCUGACUUCGGGAGUGAGGACGAUUCGGAUGUUGACCUUUUUGUUUCUGAGGAAAAUGAUGAUGAUGAUGAUGAUCAUUUUCUACACAAGGAAGACAAUGGAGCAUGGUGGGAGCUGGGUUCUGAGACGAAAUGUGAUGGAUCCAUUGGGUAGCCAUAGUAAAUCAAGUAUCUUUGG